AAGCAUCUCAUAAUCGCCCAGAACUAGUUGCAUCAUGUAAACAAAUUUCAGGUAGAAAUUUUAUAUGUGAACAGAGGCGCAAGGACGGAAAUAAAUUUAAGUUCGACGAAAUUGAAUAAUGUCAUAUUUACUAACUGAAAUAGCUCUCGAAAUGUUAGGUUACAAGUUUUAUGAUAUUGAUGGGAAGUUCGGUCCUACAAGUUUUCAACAAAUUGGCAUUGUUAAGCAAUCUCAAUCAAAUGAAUUUUCGGGUGAACUUCUACAAACAAUUAUCGGAUUUGAAACAGAAAAUUUGAAUGGAAAUAUUGGAACAGAGAGCAAUCGCGAAAGUACUGUCGAAGGUGUACAAUAUUGCGAUGAUUUGGAUAUUCCAGAAAAAAAAUCUGGUCAUACGCGUACUUUCUCUGCAGGUUUGAAAAAGCUCUUGGAUCUUGAAUACGAGAGACUUCGCAGUCAGGUAGAACAAACGGUACAUCGUGAUACAGAAAGUUUUAUUGAUAAAAACGGUGGUAUUCCAAUGGAAGGCGCAAUUCAAGAUAUCCUAAAGACUUUUAUGCUUAGAGAAAAGGAUAAAUUGGAGAAGGAGGCGCAAACAUUGCAAUGUUUUCGAAAACUGGUGGAAAAAAGCACAUUUAAAAUGGACCAGGAUGUUUACAAUCAAUAUAAAAAAGUUUUCGUUGCUAGUAAUAAAACAAAAUCAGCUUGUGUAGAUUGACUUUGGAGAGUAUAAAUAUAGUUCGGUAAAGAUAAUUCACCUAGAUAAAACUGCAAUUUUUGCACCGAACACCGAAAAAAGAAGACUUCCACGAAAGUGGCUUGUACGGUGAAUUCAAGAAUUUGUGUUUCCGCAAUGUAACACGUGACACUUCGUUUUCAUUAGCUUAAAUCUCACAAAUCACAAUAUUAUUACAUUUUACGAACAUGUAAUUUCUCCUCCUUUUGUUUGCGUUGUAUUGGUAAGAGAGUACUGUCGAAACUGCACAAUAUUGCAAUGAUUUAGAAAUAGGUAAAAAUAAAGUAACACCUUCCAACAUUGUGGGAUGU